AUGGGGUUUCUGCGCAAUAUCGCUGGGUCGGUGAUUGCCGUCUCGCUGGCCGCACUGGUGGCUUACUACACAGAUCUGCAGCUAUACGCGGCUGUGUGCGUGGGUAUUCAAUGGCUGUCGGCGCUCUACGCCGUCCCCAAGCAGGACGAGCGCUUCUUCGACCUCACGGGCUCUGUCACCUACGCGGUGGUGUCACUUUUGGCCUACAACCGCAGCAGUUCCGUCUCCUGGCGUGAGUCGAUGCUGACUGUACUUGUGUGGCUCUGGUGCUUGCGUCUCGGCUCCUUCCUGUACCUGCGCAUCCGCGAGUGCGGCGAGGACAAACGCUUUAAAGACAUCCGCGUGAAUCCGCUGCGGUUCCUCGGGGUUUGGAGUAUCCAGGGCCUCUGGGUUCUACUAACUGUGCUUCCCGUGCUACUGACGCUUACACGCGGCGUCCACGACCUGCGGGUGUCGCCGCUGGACGUCGUUGGUGUCUUCCUAUGGAUCGUUGGCUACGUGAUGGAGGUCACAGCCGACUAUCAAAAGACGCAAUUCCGUCGCGAUAAAAGCAAGGAGGGCCAAUUUAUCCAGAGCGGGCUCUGGUACUACAGCCGCCAUCCCAAUUACUGUGGAGAGAUCAUGAUGUGGGUCGGUGUGUUUCUUGUUAGCGUGCACACGCUGCCGACCACGGGGCUGAAAACCUGGGCUGCUGUGAGCCCCGCGUUUGUGACGUUUCUGCUCAUGUUCGUGUCGGGGGUCCCUCUGCUUGAAAAGCAGGCCGAAGAGCGCUGGGGCGAGACAAAGGCGUACCAGGACUACAAGGCACAGACGAGUGUGCUGCUGCCCAUGCCCAAGCGCAAAUUGAAGACAGCGUAA